UGCAUGUCCACUGGAGGCAGGUUUGACUUUGAUGACGGGGGGUCGUACUGCGGGGGGUGGGAGCAGGGGAAGGCCCAUGGCCGAGGGGUCUGCACGGGACCGCAGGGCCAAGGCGAAUAUGCCGGUGCCUGGAGUCAUGGCUUUGAGGUCCUGGGUGUGUACACGUGGCCCAGCGGGAACAGCUACCAGGGCACCUGGGCGCAGGGCAAGAGGCACGGCAUCGGGGUGGAGAACAAGGGUCGCUGGGAGUACAGGGGCGAGUGGACGCAGGGCUUCAAAGGUCGCUACGGACAGCUGGAGAGCACGGCCAGCGGGGCUCGAUACGAGGGCACAUGGAGCAACGGGCUGCAGGACGGAUACGGCACUGAAACCUACUCUGAUGGAGGGACCUAUCAGGGCCAAUGGCUGGCUGGGAUGCGUCAUGGUUACGGCGUGCGGCAGAGUGUCCCAUACGGCAUGGCGGCCGUCAUUCUCUUUCCUCUGCGGACUUCCAUAAACUCGCUGCGCUCCGAGCACAGCCACGGCCCCCCCGCCGUCAUGGAGGAUGGCUCCGCCCCCACACCCACAGACGGGGUGGUGGCCGGGCUGGCCGGGAGUCCAGUGGGUCGUGGCGGGUUCGCUCUGACGGCUCCAAGUGAAGCCGAGCGCCAGAGGAAGAGGAAAGGUCGUUUCAGGCAGUCCAUCCUGAGCGGCCUUAAACUGCGGCGCUCUGAGUCCAAAAGCUCUCUCGCCAGUCAGCUGAGCAAACAGAGCUCGUUCUGCAGCGAGGCCGGCAUGAGCACCGUCAGCUCGGCAGCGUCAGACAUCCACUCCAAUGCCAGCGAGAGCGAGCAAGGGGCCCCUGUGGACGCUACGGUCACGGAGAUGUAUGCAGGCGAGUGGAGGAGUGACCAGAGGGCCGGAUGGGGCGUGAGCCGGCGUUCGGACGGCCUGCAUUAUGAAGGCGAGUGGGCGGGGAAUAAGCGUCACGGGUAUGGCUGCACCACAUUCCCCGAUGGCACCAAAGAGGAGGGAAAAUACAAACAAAAUGUCCUGGUGAGCGGGAAGCGCAAGAACCUGAUCCCGCUGAGGGCCAGCAAGAUCCGCGAGAAGGUGGACCGAGCCGUGGAGGCGGCGGAGAAGGCGGCAGACAUCGCCAAGCAGAAAGCUGAGAUCGCCAUGUCACGGAUGAGCCACGCCCGGGGGAAGGCCGAGGCGGCUGAAGGCGUCGCUCAGAAGGCGAUGGAGGAGUGUCGACUGGCGAGGAUCGCUGCCAAAGAGCUCUCCCCCUCCUUCCACAUCUACGGGAAUGGUCUGGAGUGUCAGAGGCCCAAACACCAGGACGCCAAGGACAAGGACCACGAGGUCAUCUCCACGGGGACCGACAGUCCUGAGCUGUGCACGCCUGACACCACGCCGCCUGUCAUAUCACCUGACCUCAGCCCCGUGCUGAGCGUGCCCACCUCGCCGCCACACACCCCGCCCAAACACGCCCACCGCCCCCGGAAUGCCUGCUUUAUGCGCCAGAGCGCUGUGGACGAUCAAGGCGGGGCUGAGAUCCAGGUCCUGGUGGAGGGGCGGGGUGUGGACCUGCCCAGGGCCGGGGCCAACAACUGGAGUGACGACGUGUACCCGGACCGAGGGGGCAGCAGCCGCUCCACCACGCCGUCCCUGCUGGAGGAGCACGAAAGUCAGAUCAACGGGCACGAGCAGGCGCCGCUGUCCAACCACAAACCCCGCGACAAGCCCUCAUCCAAUCACAAGUCGUCAUACCGAGCGUGGGAACACUCCCUGUCCAACCAGAAGCCCUCCAAGCACGCCUCCUCCAAUCACAAGUCGCGGGAGUACUCGUCGUCCAAUCACAAAACAUGGGAUCAUUCCUCCUCCAAUCACAAGGCCUGUGAGCAUGCCUCCUCCAACUACAAGCCGCAGGUUCAUAUUUUAUCCAAUCACAAAGCCUCGGACCACAACACGUCUAAUCACAAGACUUCUGAGCAUGCUUCCUCCAAUCACAAGUCCCACGAUUAUAUCUCGUCCAAUCACAGCGCCAAGGAGCACGUCUCCUCCAGUUACAAACCCCGAGAGCAUGUCUACUCCAACCACCACCCCAAGCAGCACAACGCCCCCAACCACAAGCUGAGCGAGCACGCCAGCCCCACCCCUCGGCUGGACGGACUUCCUGGGAGCUGGACCGCAGAGAGUACCCUGAGGUGGAGCCCCGCCCACUCCCGCCUCACGGAGCAGGAUGAUGAGCGGAUGAACGACUACACAGUUGACAUGAGGCUUCAGAGCGUGGACUCGCAGACAUCUAGGGGGCGCGGCCACGAGUCGCCGCCCCCCAAGAACAAUCGGCUGAGGUCCCGAGGCCUGCGGCCGGUCAGGGAGGGGUCCAUGGACUCAGUACAGAUGCUGGACAACCUGAAUGUGGGGGCCGAGCUAGAGGAGUGGCCGCUGCACAGGGACCUGACCCUCUCACCCCCCCUCAAGUCUCCGCCCAUCACUCUGGAGCAGGACGGAGAAAAUCUCACGCUCAAAUCAAACUCAGGCUCCAGCUCUAUUCUGGUGGUUAUGGUCAUUUUACUCAAUAUUGGAGUAGCCAUUCUUUUCAUUCACUUCUUUAUUUAAGCUUAUACAGGUAUGAUCUAUAAGACUUAUUGAUAACUACGGUAUAUUACAUGAUUAUUAUUACGUACUGAGACGGACAUGGAGCCCGCAGCCCAGCGACGGACACAGCAGAGCCUUUUAUCGUUGCUACGUACUCGUCUUCUCACCUCUGUUCGAGCACCAUUCCUUUUUCAAACGCUUCUUUUCAGCUUGCCACCACAGAAGAAGAGAGAGAAGAGUGCAGCUUUAAGGAGGGAGGACACACCUGCAUGCAGCAGCGCCUCCUGGAGAUGGCACAGGCAGUUCUUCCCAUUUUUCCAUCAUUUUAGACAAGAUUCUAUAAAAAACUUUGUUUCCUGCUAACAUGCUAGGUCUAGCAUGGUGCACAUCCUCCACCCUGAACCCUUUAGCCUUUGAAUCAUUGUCCAUUGAAGCCCCGCCCCCCCAGUCUCCCCAUCUUAUCGGCACUAUGCGCUACAUACAGAACUAUGCUGCAGAGUAGAUCCAUUUUAAAGGGCUCCGUCAUGAUUCUUUCUUUUUCCACAAAGAACUUCACACAACGAUUGCAUGAGGCUGUGUGGGCUUUAAUCGAGCAUUUUUAACCCUUUAACAUCACCGUUCUGUCCUCAUUCGUAUGCACGCCAUCCUCUUAUCAUAAUUUCCUGUCGCCGGCGCCGAUUAGGAGAUCAGCGCCACCAUUGAAUCAAAUCAUCCGAUCCAACUUUGAACCAAACGUCAGCGGCCGGCCGACACAGACACAGAGGAGUGGGACCCUGAGGAAGUUAGUGUUCAAACGCACUAAGGCUCAUUUCUGCUCUGCAUCAGAGACAGACGGCACCGUCAGCCUGUCCUCGGCGUUCACUUCAUCCGUAUUUCUAAAUCAAGGCGCUUCUUUGAGAGGGCGUCCUCGAUGUAAGGCUGAUUAGAAACGAGUCCAGCAGAGAAAAAUACACCAGAUACCUGAUCUAUUAUGUUAGUCCUUUAUUUGUGGCUCUGCUCAGACUGAUUUAAAUGUUGGAGUCAAGACAUGUGAUUGGUUGUUUUCUAGAAUCUUCCAGCCUGUGGUUCUAUCGACGGUCAGCUCUAUACUCCUGACACUCACACAGAAAAUCCACUACGUGUUUCUAUACAAGGCGUGAGCUUUUAGAGGCACUGACACCCAGAAGGCUUAGCUUGAUGCUAACUCAUAAUGGAAAUGACCAUUAACAGGCUAAAAGAUUUAGCAUUGGUUCUGAUCAUUUGCAUUAAAAUCAUUAUUAUUGAUUGUUUUGUUUUUUUUAAGUUUAGAGAGGUGAGGUCAGUUUAGCCUCCCAGUAUGUCGGCCCACAUUAUUGUGUUCUUCUUCUUUGUUUUUUUUAUGGGCGAUGUUAGCAGCCAGCUAACAGAAGCCCUAUGAUCACCACCCCAAAAUCCAUCAGUACCAGGAGCUCAGAAGAAUCAAAGUCGCAUACAAAGCACAAAAUGAAUUCAACCCCUGCAUCUUGUUUCAAAAAAGUUGGGACAGCAUUAGAAAAGACUGGGAAAGUUGUGAAAAGCUUAAAAACACCUAGAACAUUCCACGGGUUAGACAGUUAACUAAUGACUGUUUAACUUAUUUCAGCAACACAAUGCCAAAUCACAUGCUACACAAGUUACAACACCAUGGCUUCACAACAAAAGAUGGCAGGGCCUAGACUGGUCUGAAAGACGAGCAAGGAUGGAAUGUUUUAUAGGUUUUAAAUGAUGAUAUCUUCUAAGGCAAGGCUGGAAUGUUUUAUAGUUCUUAAGGGAUUACAGCACUUUCAAAGGCAGGAAUAGAGAUUUUUAUAGGUUUUAAAGGAUGACAAAAUUUUGAAGGCAAGGCUGGAAUAUUUUAUAGGUUUUAAAGGAUGACAUUAUCUUCCAAGGCAAGGCUGGAAUAUUUUAUUGGUUUUAAAGGAUGACAUUAUCUUCAAAGGCAAGACUGGAAUGAAUUAUAGUUCUUAAAGGAUGACCAUGGCUGGAAUGUUUCUAUGUGUAAAAGGAUGACAUCACAUCCGAGGCUGGAAUGUUUUAUAGGUUUUAAAGGAUGAUAUCAUAUUUAAAGGCAAGGCUGGAAUGUUUUUAUGUGUAAAAGGAUGACAUCAUCUUCACAUCCAAGGCUGGAAUGUUUCAUAGGUUUUAAAGGGUUACAUCAUCUUCAAAGGCAACGCUGGACUGUUUUGUAGGUUUUAAAGAAUGACAUCAUCUUCACAGGCAAGGCUGGAAUGUUUCAUAGGUUUCAAGGGAUGAUAUCUUUUAAAGGCAAGGCUGGAAUGUUUCAUAGGUUUUAAAGGGUUACAUCAUCUUCAAAGGCAAGGCUGGAAUGUUUUAUAGGUUUUAAAGGAUAACAUCACCUUUUAAAGGCAAGGCUGGAAUAUUUUAAGGUUUUAAAGGAUAACAUCAUCUUUUGAAGGCAAGGUUGGAAUGUUUUAUAGACUUAGCAUCAUCUAUUGUAGACAGAGGACAGUAUUUUUGUGAAGCUGGGGAUGUUGGGGGCCUUUUCCUUCAUUUCUAACCGAAUGGAAUGAUUGUUGUGCUCUAAAACUGUCAGGAAGCGUUCACAUAAACAUGGCGUUAGCCGGCCCAGGAACAUGGAUGGAGAAUAAACCAGAGCAGGAGGGCGACGAACAGGCAGGAAAUGUACGUCAGCUGAAUGGCAUGGAGGUCUGUGUACUCUGCCCUCUAGUGGAUGAAUUUAUAAAAUGCCCGCCCCCACGUUAAUGACACGUUAGCGUUCGUCUGUUUUUAAAGCGAGCAUAAAUGAGCCUAAAACCACGCACGCUAACUCACACAAACAGGUACAUGCUGACACAGCGAGGAGGAUGAGCCCCGCCCCUUUGUACAGCCUGAGACUGUUAUGUUAUAACACUAAUAUAUAUGUGUAUGUGUCAUUAUUAUCAUUAUAAUUAUGGUUAUUAUUAUUAUUACAGUUUGUUCCUUUCUGCAGUUUGUAAACAGAGAGAAUGCAGAGUGCCUCGUAUUUAUUCAUUUAGAGUUUAUUUAAACCCCGCCCCCCACACACCUGUGGGCCGAGAGGAGACGAAUGGUGACCCUCCACCCCCUCCACCCUCCUCACCCACCAACACCCCCCGUCCCCUCCCUCUCACCCUGAAAUGGCAUGCACUGUUUUGUCUCUCUCCCCCUUUGGACCAGUGAAAAGGGAAAAAUGGGGUUUCUACGGUGUCAUUUCCAGACACUCUUUUGGGCCGGAUGAGAUUUUUUUCAGCAUGUUUGUUCAGCCUGCUCAAUCUGGUGUCAGUUUGUGAGUUUCUCCCUCUCGUCUCUUUAAUCCAGCAACACACAAGGCGACGUGAGACGAGGAGAGCAGUGUAAAAUAAACGCUAGCUUCUAACUCUCCGUGGGUUUAUGAAUGAUCUAAAGAAACUCUGCUACUGUAUGUUUUAUACUUCGCACCCAGUGGCAUCAUCAUGUUGUGACAUCAUUGCA